UGGAGCUCAAAAACUGGUUGCUUUUCUGGCUUUAACCAAUAGCAUUAAAUCCUAUUGGUUGUCUCUACAGCUCUUAUACAUAUACUUCUCCAUCUUACUCUUUGGUUUUAUUUUGUGUUGUAAGUGAAACUUAAUUGAAUUUAUCUAAAAAGUUAUCAAAAUGGGUAAAGGUGGUGAUUCAAAGCCAAAAGGACGUAUGUCUGCUUAUGCUUAUUUUGUUCAAACAUGUCGUGAAGAACAUAAAAAGAAACAUCCUUCAGAGAAUGUGGUAUUUGCUGAGUUCUCAAAGAAAUGUGCUGAAAGAUGGAAGACCAUGAAUGAGAAAGAGAAGCAACGUUUCCAUACAAUGGCUGAAAAAGACAAGAAACGGUAUGAUACAGAAAUGGCUGACUACAAGCCUUCUAAAAAUGAGAAAGGCGGUAAAAAGAGGAAACGGGCAAAGGAUCCUAAUGCACCUAAAAGGGCACUUUCUGCAUUUUUCUGGUUCUGUAAUGACGAGAGGUCAAAGGUAAAGGAGACUAUGCCAGAGUCUAGUGUAGGGGAAGUUGCCAAAGAACUUGGUCGGCGAUGGGGUAAUAUCAGUGAAAAGGACAAAUCUAAAUACGAAGCUCUUGCUGCUAAAGACAAAGCUAGAUAUGAAAAGGAAUCUAAUGCUUACAAGAACAAAAAACCUAAAGGAUCAGCUAAAAGCUCUAAGAAAGCCGAUUCUGAUGAUGAAGAUGAGGAAGAGGAGGAAGAAGAAGAAGAAGACGAUGACGAUGACGAUGAUGAUUAAACAUUCAUUUUAAACACAAAAAUUGAAAUCUGUAUUUUGCAGUAAUAGAAUCAUUAUGAUUUAACACGAUGAUCAACACCAUAAUCGUUGAUUGAGAGAGAAAGAAAAAAGAAAGAGUUGAAAAUGUAACAAUCAACUUUCCAUUUAAUUUCAUCCCUCCAGAUUCGUCGCCACUUAUUCAUCGAAGACUUUGGAAGUUGACAAAAAAUGAAAUGCUUAAUUGAACCCAAGUCAAUUAAAAAAAUAAAUUAGCAGAUGGUAAAUUCUUAGUCGACUUUAUCAAUCCAACAAUUAGGAUUCAAAACAUUCAAAAAUGAGUAAAUCUCAAGACCUUAGAUUUCUAAUCCAUUUUCCUUACGCCUUCAAGAUUGUCUGACCCUUUUUCUCUCUUUCUUUUUCUCGUUCUCUCUCUCAACCACUCCCCGUCGUCGAAUUAUUAUCACAAUUUUGUCUUUUCCCAAUAUCGUAUCUCAAUCGUUUACUUCAUUUUUAUCAAUCAAAAUCACUUUAAGUUACAUUUUACUCUAAUACAAAAACAAAUAUAAAACCGCCCAACCUUCACUUUCUGAGGAAAUUUCACUCAUACACAGAUCCAUACACAAGACAAUUCCUCUAUCAAUUUCUCAAUUUCAAUAUUAUUAUUUUGAUCAUAAUAAUACUUUACUCAUCUCCAA